CGCGCGGCUUCUGACGGCAUUUAAGCGGUUUUGACUGACGGGCCACGCCCCCUUUACGGUGGGCCGCCAAAGCAUUUGUCAUAAAUCAAUAUGGGAGGGCACUCGUCCUGUGCUCCCCAGUCAACUGGUGGCGACCCAAUCCCUUUGCUGCGCGCUGUCUGGCAAUAAGUUGCCAUUUUGCUAUUUUUGAUGCACUCGCCCGUGCAUUUGGUGCGAGAAUUUUAUUUCAUUUCACAGUUGUCAGUCAAACGCUUUGUCAGGCCGCCGAGCACAUCAAUAAGCGGCGAAAAAAUACGAUUCAAUUGAAUUUUUAUUUCUCGUUUUCGAAGCUUUCGGGCGACGUGCGUGCGAGAACCAACAAAAUAUUUGCAUGUAAAAGAAUUUUCCGCCAGCCAGCCAAACAGAGAAGCGAGCAGAACCAUGUCUGGUCGGGACUACAACGGAGAACCAGGCUGUCGCAGUCCCGAGGAACUGGGGCAAAGCUACCGCCACUUCUGGGACCCCACCGCCUACUGGCAGUGCGAAAGUGGGAAAUCGAAGGAGGAGCGGGAUCAGGAUCGGCCCGCCCAGUUGCACCGCUGCCCGGCCAACGAGCUGUUCUACGACCGGGAGCGGCGGUGCGUGAAGUGGAAGGACUGGCAGUGGACCGAACCGCAGGAUCCGCCCACAAAGCCGCGCAAAUAAAACACGCCGUGCGCGCUUUCGCGAGUAUUGAAACAAAUUGUCGAAAAUAUAAUUAAAAAGCGCUUUUCGAUUUUUCCCGG